AUGGCUAAAAGCCUCCCCCGGGGCAAGGGGGGAACAUGCGUUUGGCGUGUCAACACGAGGAAGUUGCUUCUCCCUCUCAAGUUCCAUCUCUUUUCAAACUCUUCUCUUUCCUCCGCUUCUCAACAGGAGCCUCCAAGAGGGUGUGUGUUCUCUGGGAUCCAGCCCACGUCUGUGCCCCACCUAGGGAAUUACCUUGGGGCUCUGGAGAGCUGGGUGUCCCUACAGAGCCAGUACCCCUCAGUGCUCUACAGCAUAGUGGACCUGUACUCCAUCACCCAGUCCCAGGACCCCGCCCUUCUGCGGGUCAACAUACUGGUCAUGGUUGCCAGACUGCUGGCCUGUGGCAUCGACCCAGAGACAUCUAUCCUCUUCCAGCAGUCACAGGUCUCUGAACACGCUGAACUGUCCUGGAUCCUGGGCUGCCUCACCAGUAUUCCCCCGACUCAGACACCUGCCUCAGUGAAAGCUGAAAAGUAAACAGAAGAAUGAGGGGAGUGUGGGGCUGUAGUCUUUCCCUGUCCUGCAGGCUGCGGAUAAUCUCCUUUACAAGUCCACUAAUAGGAUAAGAUCAGGUCCAACAUCUGCAGUUGGCUCAGGACCUAGCGGAUAAUAGGCCUUCAACAACACAUACGGAGACUUAUUCCCUGAGCCACGCGUUCUGCUCAGUAAGUUACUGUGUACCACACAGGGGUUACAUCUAUGGAUGCAGGCAGUGUAGUACAUUUUCUCUUACUCAGACACUCACUCAAAUGUAAACAUACUCAAAAUCCAACUCUCUCUUUCUCUUUUUCUUUCUCUCAAACACAUAGAUAUACCCAUAUGGAUACAUACACAUACGUCCAGAUGCACAUGCACAAAGACACAUGGCCAGCAUGUUCUACUGAUGGAUACUUAACCCCACUCUGAUAUACUCCGUUUUAUACUCCUUCAUUAUCGCCAUCAUGAAAGCACAAGAUGUAACCAACCAUGCGUGCAAUGGAGCUUUGAUUAAAGGACCGUUCCCUUCCUCAUAUAUCUGAGAAAUAAAGUGAUAAUAUAUUUGGGGAGGCAGGAGGGGGUAUGUCCUCAAGACGACUUCAGAGAUGUGUGUGCACCCGCGUGUUGAGAUGGAUAGAUAAAAGUGUGUGUGUAUUACAGGGGCGGGUUAGGGACAGUGGUUGGCUCAGGCUGAUUGAUGCUGCCUUUUUGUGCUGUCUUUGGCUGUUUACCGAUGGACGUUUUGUUGGAAAGAGACCAGAGCAACAGCUUCUGGCAGAACUGCCAGUCAUCCGCCGCCACUUUGAAACCCAAUCAAAGAUGCCCUUUUAAAUCACCCUGAAACAAAGAGCUCAUCAGGAAAGAGACCCUCCUCCCUUCAUCCUCCAGUGCCACCCCCCAUGCACCCCUGACUUCUCUGCUGACAGCAUACUGCCAGGACCUGGUUCUUCUUAUCGGGAUAUGAUUAACUGAUCUCCACACGGAAGAUCACAUCCCUCCGCGACCCCUCCUCCAAGAUGUCCAAGUCAGACCCCCAGAAGAUGGCCACCAUCAACCUCCUUGACUCGCCCGU